CGGGCGUCUGGGUUGACUGGGCAUGCCUGCUCUAUGUACAAAGAUACUGUGUAUUGUCUAGGAUGAGUGAUGCUCCACGUCGAUUCCGUCCCGGCAAAGAGUACAAGGUCAUUCUCGUUGGCGACCCUUGUGUUGGGAAGACUGCUUUCGUUCGACGUUUCGUCGCGAACCAGUUUGACCCAAGUUACAAAGCAACACUGGGUGUGGAGUAUUCCUCGAAAGUUGUUGAGAUAUCUCGUGACCUGCAAGUCAAAGUAAACUUGUGGGAUGUUGUAGGACAGGAGCGUUUCCGUGCAAUGACCAGAGCGUUCUACAAGGGUGCCUGUGGGGCAUUCGUUCUGUUUGAUGUUACAGAUGAGGAGACAUUUGGACAGGUGGUGACAUGGAAGAAAGACAUUGAUGAGAAAGUCUCUCUACCUAGUGGACGUCCGAUACCCUGUCUUUUAUUAGCAAAUAAGAUUGACCUAGAAGCAAAAGUGUCGGAUGACACACUGCAGCAAUUUGCAGAGGAUCACAAGUUUUUUGCACAUGUCAAGACGUCUGUCAAGAAAAAUACAAACAUUGAAGUAGCUGUAAGUAUUUUGAUCAAAGAGAUGCUACGAUUAGACAAAGAAGGGUUCAUGAGAGAUGCCAAGAAACCCGAAGGAUCAGAGUCGACGAUAAUGCUGACAAGUAACCCUAGUGAGUCAACAUCAAUCAGCUGUCCAUGCUGAUGCAUUCAAUUGUUUUGAAAAUUGCCUAGCAUCUAUUUAAAUAAAUUAAAUUUAACCUUGUACUAACCUACCAUAAAAACUGUUUUAUCGUGUACAGUAAGUCUGUUAUACUGUUGCAUCUAUCUACAGUACAUAGACAACUGGUUUUAUCCUAUAUA